GCUAGCCAAACACAACCGCCGUCACAGCAGCCGCUAACAAGAUGGACUGGAAUCAUUGUGGCCGGUUGCCGCUCCAGUACCAAGAUGGAAUUUGAAAACACAGAGGGAGAGGAGUACCAGGCCGAUCUCUCCACCCUGGCCUCGCCUUCCUCCCAGAAUGGCCCGGAGGUCUACAUCCUCCCCCUCACCGAGGUCUCACUGCCUGUCUCCAAACAGCCUGGCAGAUCCAUCCAGCUGCUGAAGUCUUCAGACCUUGGCCGCCAUAGUCUGCUGUAUCUGAAAGAGAUCGGCCACGGCUGGUUUGGCAAGGUUCUGCUGGGUGAGGUGAACGCAGGCCUCAGCACCACCCAGGUGGUGGUAAAGGAGCUGAAGGCCAGUGCCAGUGUCCAGGACCAGAUGCAUUUCCUUGAGGAGGUCCAGCCAUACAGAAGUCUCCAGCACCCUGCUCUCCUACAGUGCCUGGCACAAUGCUCAGAGGUCACUCCCUAUCUGCUGGUCAUGGAGUUUUGCCCUCUGGGCGAUCUGAAGAGCUACCUCCGUAGCUGUCGGGUGGCCGACGCGGAGGCCCAGGACCCUCUGAUCCUCCAGCGGAUGGCCUGCGAGAUCGCCUCGGGAUUGCUGCACCUCCACAAGUACAACUUUAUUCACAGUGAUCUGGCCUUAAGGAACUGUCUGGUAACCUCAGAACUGACCGUCAAGAUAGGAGACUACGGCCUCUCCCACAGCCGAUACAAGGAGGACUAUUUUGUAACGCCAGACCAGAUUUGGGUGCCCUUGCGAUGGAUUGCUCCGGAGCUCAUAGACGAGGUCCAUGGAAACCUUUUGGUUGUUGACCAGACCAAGUCCAGCAAUGUAUGGUCAUUGGGGGUGACUAUGUGGGAGCUGUUUGAGCUGGGGAACCAGCCUUACAGACACUACUCUGACAGACAGGUGCUGACCUACGCUGUGAAGGAACAACAGCUGAAACUGCCCAAACCCCAGCUCAACGUUCCCCUGGCUGACCGCUGGUAUGAGGUGAUGCAGUUCUGCUGGCUACAGCCGGAGCUAAGACCCAGCACUGAGGAAGUGCACCUUCUGGUGACCUACCUGUGUGCCAAAGGAUCCAGCGAGGCUGAGGAGGACUUUGAACAGCGUUGGAACGCCUUGAGACCCAACUUAUUGAGCAGCACCUGCCACACAGCCACAUCCGCAGCCCUGGCCUUGACUCCCACCCCUGCCCCAGCCACAGCCCCAGGAUCAACCCAGGCUCAGGCGGUGGAGCUGGCCUCCUCCGCCUCCUCCUCCUUCCCGCUGCUAGAGCAUUUCUCUGACAGCUUCCACUCAGACUCUGGAGAUGACCUCCUGACUGUCACAGAGACCAGCCAUGGCCUCAACUUUGAGUACAAGUGGGAACAAGCUCGAGCUGAGCAACCCUACUGCUCCUCCUCCACCAGUGGGCAAUUGGGUCAAGGCAACCCUGACUACCAGAACAUCUACUACCCCAUCAAAAGCAGCAGCUCAGGAUGCUGCAAGAGUGACAACCUGGCGUCAGGCGUCUCUCCGUCCUACUAUGAGCCUGAUCAUCCAGGGGUAGUUCCAGUGUUGAGUGCCCACAGCCCUUCAGUCAGCAGCGAGUACUACAUUCGCAUUGAGGAACCAGUGGAGUGUAACAUCAACCUGGAUGACAGUGAUUUCAGCCCUGGACUCGAGGCCAGCAACAGUAGGUUGUCCUCAGAAAGCCGGACUGCUUCCUCCACAGCGCAGCCAAAUGCUUACUGGUCAGCGGCCGAGGCCACCAAGUCCACCAACUAUGAUUCUGAUAUAAGCCCCGCUGUCUCCCUAAAUAUGGAGCCCCUUCUGAGACGAGUAUCCACCACCAGCCCUGUACAACUUGACCACUCCCAUAGCCACUUGUUUUCCAGCCAGAACGACAGUGUCUACUGUGAACAGCCACCUACAAAAAAGAUGAGCUGUCAGUCCCACCUGUCUGAAGAAGAUGAAACACCAGAGACCUACCAAAGCCUUCUUCAUCCCAUGGGAAGGUUAGAUAACCCCCGGGGUAUGUCACAAGCAAUCAGCAGCCCCAGUUUAGGAUUCUGUGAUCCCUACCUAGAAGCAACUACAGGUAUGAACACAGUUAGUGAAGACUACUAUGAUAUGAUGGGUUCUCUCAGGAAAACCCUACCUGUUGUAAAUCACGUUAGCAUUGAUGUAGAGACUGGGGAUGGCCUUUUGGUGGGUCAAAGGGGGGCUGGGGACAUCGAGGAGGAUGGGGAUGUUUUCUCUGAAGGAGAAGCCACUAACUGGACCUCCAAUCACUCAGCUAACAAUAACAGUCUGAGCUUUGACAGCAGGCAGACAGGUAGUGGGCAGGAUACUUACCUGGACUUUCAAUAUACCACACCUUCCACUAAUACAACAGAUAUAUGGCUUGAAGCUAAGGCUGGUACCAGUACAUUUCACAGUUCGAGGUCUGUAGGAUACAUGGAGGCUGCCAGCAGAAACCCUGUCUUUAAUCCUGUUUGUAAACCAGCUGAACUAGGCUCAUACAUGCACUUGUGCCACAAAGAAAGUGAGAACUCCUCCCAAACGGAAGCAAACUCAACUACCAAUAACUUAAGGAGCACUGAUCAUCUCGCUUGCUCAAACACAAAUACCAGGAAUAAGGAGGGUGACUCAACAUUACUCAAGGGGGAGCGGUUGCAUUCUGAGCCUCAGAUGAUACCUGAGGUAAGCUUUAUCAAAUCCCCAUCCUCUUACACUGAGCCUCACAUGGGCCAAACGGGGGCCUUGUUGGACAAGCAGAGAUCAAAUAUCUGGGACGAGCCCACACUUAUCAAAAACAAGGUUGCAGCAGGGAUCUCAGCUGUUCAGGGAGAUAAGAGGACAAGCUGCCCAGAGAUGUCAGAGUCUAGUAAAGUGUUGGACAGCAGUGUGGGGGUCAGUGAAUCCGGUGUUGGUCUGGAUGAGCUUGGCGACUGCAGCGAUGAGGAGGACAUUACAGAUAUUACCUCUGGCAUCUUUGCCGACUUCCACCUGGACUAUGUUGAGUUAGAGGAUGAAGAGUUAAGCCCCUUGAAGAAUCCUGUGGGAACCCCGGACUCCGUGGACACCCUUAACCUUUCUUCCUCUGUGGUCAGCCCCUGUGACCAGGCCUUCAGCCCUGAUACCUUCAACACCCCUAUCUUGCCCAAAUCCCUGGACAGCGGCUAUGACACAGAGAACAACGAAUCUCCAGAGUUUAUCUUCAGAGAACUUGGAGAUCCCCGGGUUGUUGAGGGGAGCCCUGGGUUAAGGGUGGAACCUGAACUGGUUCUGCAGGUGGAUGUGGACCAGAGGCUCUGCACUUCCUCUAGCAGCACAGAGCCACAGCUGAAGGGCCUGAAUGACAAGAGCCCAUACAGGGACUCGGCCUACUUUUCAGACUAUGAUACAGAGAACGAGAAGAGCCCUCAGGAGGAUGGCAGCAACUUCUUUGCUGGUGCAGCUAAACAAGAUUUGCAUGCGGGUAGAUCUGCUGGAGACAUUGAACUUAUCGAACCAUGGAUUAACACUGAGGAACAUCUUGGAAAUUUGGGAAAAUACAAAAGCAGUGUGACAGUAGACCUUUCACAGCUCAACCCUAGCUCACCACAUCUGUCCCCCACCCCUGGUCUCUCCAUGCUGUCUCCAUUUCCACCUGAGAUGGGAGGCUGUCUGACCAAAGAGUCUGCCCCCAAUGAUGAUGAUGAUGGCCUGGGAUUGGAGGCGCAGCACUCAGGAGAGGAGCCUUCCUCAGAAUCUAAUUCCACAAUCGUCUCUGAGCCCUCCUCCGCAGUCCAGGAGGCAUCAACAAACAAUGAGCUGGGGAAUAAGGGAGGAGAAAACAACUCACCCAUCCAGUCCUUGGGUUCAGACUCCACACUUAAUGAUUACGGAGAGGAGGGCUCCAAAGAGAAUGGGUGCAGCGAAGGAUCGACCGAAGAGGAGGAGCUCCCUGAGUUCAAUCAUGUGAAAGAAGACCCAGAGGACAGGAGGGAGGUGGUUAGAAUUGAUGAGGAUGAUUUUGAAGACAUAGACGCUGAGGAGUGUGACUCGCAGGACAGUCUGUGUGAAGAAUCCAAUGGUCCGGCUGACCUCUCCACAUCCUCGUCGUUUUUGGAGCUGUGUGGGGAAGACAUCAGGGCCCCACUGGAGGAGGCGGAGGAAGAAGACGACUCGGACGACAGCGAGUCGGACGAAGAGCUAAGGACCUACAACAUCCAGGAGGAAGAGAGCGAGGAGAGCGAGGAAGAAUUUACUGUGGUGCCGGUGGUGGUGAGUGACUGUAGCAGAGCCAGACACCUCCGCAGCCUUCUGAAGAUGCCCACUCUCCUCACCCAGUCGUUUUGCGAUGAGCUGGAGAGGAAGAAAAAAGCUGUGUCUUUCUUCGAUGAUGUUACCGUGUUCCUUUUUGACCAGGAGAGCCCCACAGGGGAGUUGGCUGACUACAGCUUCUCCUCAGGUGCAGAGUGCAGUGGGCAAGACUGCCCAGAGGGGGAAACGUCCAACCACCAGCCACAGCCUCAACCUGAUGCUCAACUACGAGGAACUUGCUGUGUUUCUGAUAGCAUUGACGGGAACGGCACACAAGAGGGUGGAGGUUAUGAAUGGGUAGAUGACCUCCCGUUAACACCCGAACCACUGUCACCCGACACAAUCCCCGAGCCCCAGCCCUCCGCCACAUCUCCCCGCAAGAGUCCCGAGGCUUUAAAACCUGCAGCCGUACAACCGUACAACCGUUUCAGUGUCUCCCGAUUCUCCAUCACACACGUCACCGACCCUCACUUGGGCUCAGCGGCAGGGUUUAGUGAAGACGGAGAGGAAGACUGAGCGAGUCCCGCGGCCCCGACAGGAGAGGGGACGAGUCCUCGUCCCUCUCGACACGCCGACACAGAACAAUAGAUUCUCCACAUUAUAAUUUCGAUGUUUAAACAGAGUUUUAUUUUUUAUCAACGCUGGUGUCAUCUGAUCCCGGUGACCCUUUAUGAGACAGUGCCUCGUGUCUCAUCCCUAAAAAAAAAGUUUGCACACUUUUUUUUUCUUUUAAUUUUUUUUUUUCUGAAACAGAGUGGUAGAUGUCGAGAUGAUUUAGCCUGAUUAAGACAACAGGGAAAUGAAUGGGGGUGGGGGGGGGUCAUAAUAUAUUGUGCAAUGAAACAAAAGAUUAAAUUAUAUUAGAGUUUUAACUUACUGUAUAUGACAAGUUUUAACUUGUUUGCCCAACGAAGCAUCGAUUCGCAUUAGUAACCUACAGUAACAGGUCAUGUUUUUGUGAAAUGGAAAAGAAAAAAAAAGGGGAAAACUUCUGGUCAGACGACUGACUCUAUUGCUGCUCUCCUCAUGGGCUACCUUGGUCCAUCUGCUUUACUCAUUGGGACAUUUUCCAGACUGUUGCAGCGUUCACUGUUGAAGCCUCUGAACAAAGUUGCACAGGAUGCUGCUGUGGAUUUCCAAAGACAACGCCGCCCGUCGCUUCCAGCAGCGGCGGGCGGUGCCGUGUCCGGACGCCGAAACUUCCGUUGACCUACGAAGCCCAGUCUACCCCCACCCCCCACCCCCGGUAGGCUUUGUCAUGUUUAAAGAUGGAGAGUGGUCUCACCUGUAACUACAAUGUGAUUUCUUUCAGAAAAAAAAAAUUCAGGGUUUGUGUCGCAGUGAUUCACACACACACAGGCUUUCUUCACUCCAUCCUUAGCACUGCCUCACUCCGGCCGGUGAUGUCUUGUACUCUGUGUGUGCUAAGACACCUUGUGUGGUCGAACCCAGUACUGUUUGUUGAGACUGUAUCCCCCCCCCCCUCCUUGUAGGAUGCUGCAAGUGAACAUACAUGAGGGAUAUGUGUUCGGGUCAGCGGUGUCAGCUGCAGGUUCUCUCUAUUUGGCGGCACAUCGGCUUUGCUUACAUCACACGAGACCAGCACUAGAACGACAGUAGGGACACGAAGGAAGAGGAAAACAAGAAUAGAAACGUCACACCAGCUCUCCGUGUACUUGGUGCAGAAUUGCGUCCCCAACACCGCUCGGCAGCAUCUCAUCAACAAGUCACCCAAUCAGUGAAUGUCGGUGGCAUCAUCAUCAUCAUGCAUCCUUUAGAGUCGACCCGUUCUCCACGGUCCCAUCAGUAAUGUGCUCGAUUACACGUAAUGCCGAAUGCCUGGGUUUGAGAUGUAAAAAAAAAAAAAAAAAAAAUCCAAAACAAACAAAAGAGGCGCACACCUCUCACGUAUUGUAUGAAUGUGAUCAACAUGUAGCAGGUAGCGUUACUCAAGAUUCACUACUGCUGCAUGGGCGACGGCGGCCUCCCCUUCUCCGUUCUUCUGCAAAGUGCCAAUCCUGUUUCUUCUCAGCCUGCCUUUCGAGUUCUGCAACAAACAAACAAAACAAAAAACAACAAAAAAAACAAAACAACCCCACAUCGCUAGUAUUUUUGUACGAACGUUCAGAGAAAAGAUGUAAUCCGCUGACAAACAGAGGACGAUGGUCUCUCAAAUUUGUUUUUUUUUUUGUUUUGCCAAAGAGAUAUAUUAACGGAGCCCAUUGGCUUAGGUGGACAACACCGGUUGAGAAGGUGAGGUGGGCUGUUCGAUGCACCAGUAGCAACAUUACUGCUGUGUUUUCAUCCCCCUCUUCCCGCACAUUCACGGCUGUUAUAUUAUCCAAAAACAAAUAAAUCCAAAUACAU